GCUUUCUUUGAGUCUCACUUUAGGCUCACAUUAUUUACGCUUAAGAAAGCGAAAACUCGCGGACUACUACUUGUAGACAUAGUGGCUACAUAAGCCAUAGCGUUUUCAUUUCAGCAGUAUGCAUUUUUAAUUAUGAAUGACGACGUUGAAUUGGCAAUUGAAUAUCUUUGCCGACAGCAGUUUGAAAAUAGUUUCGGUUUACCGUACGGUCAAAUAUGCAGGGUGUUGCUGCUUCAGUUACGGACACUCUUGGGAAUAUUAAGCCAUGGCUUCAGAAAGUUACGGCACAAUCAAAGCCAACUGAUGCCAGAUACUUCACUACAACGAAAAAAGGCGAAAUAUUUGAGCUAAAAGCUGAAUUAAAUAGCGAAAGAAGAGAAAAGAAAAAAGAAGCAGUCAAAAAAGUAAUAGCUAGUAUGACUGUAGGAAAGGAUGUCAGUGCUCUGUUUCCGGAUGUAAUUAAUUGUAUGCAGACCGAUAAUUUGGAACUUAAAAAGCUUGUGUACCUCUACCUCAUGAAUUAUGCUAAAACUCAGCCCGAUACUGCCAUUAUGGCUGUUAACACGUUCGUGAAGGACUGUGAUGACCCAAACCCUCUUAUCAGGGCGCUUGCUGUGCGGACAAUGGGAUGCAUACGUGUGGAGAAAAUAACCGCUUAUCUUUGUGAUCCACUUCGCAAAUGUCUGAAAGACGAGGAUCCGUACGUUCGCAAGACGGCUGCAGUUUGUGUAGCUAAGUUGCAUGAUAUAGAUGCACAAUUAGUGGAAGACAGUGGGUUCCUCGAACUCCUUAGGGACUUAUUGUGUGACAGCAACCCCAUGGUUGUUGCAAAUGCUGUCGCAUCUAUAACGGAAAUUCUAGAAAUGACAAAUUCAGAUGCAGCCAGGUCUUUACUUUCCUUCGAUGGACCUGUAAUUAACAAGCUAUUAACAGCGCUCAAUGAAUGCACUGAAUGGGGACAAGUUUUUAUCCUUGAUGCGAUUGCAGACUAUACACCUGGCGACGAUCGGGAAGCACAAAGUAUCAUUGAGCGUGUGUCACCAAGGCUAGCACAUGCUAACGCCGCUGUCGUUCUAUCAACUGUCAAGGUUAUUAUGAAAAUGUUGGAAAUGGUUGAUCCUGCUGCUGAAAUCGUAUCAACUGUAAUGAAGAAGUUAGCACCCCCACUGGUCACUUUACUUUCUGCCGAGCCAGAAAUACAGUAUGUAGCUUUGCGUAACAUCAACUUAAUUGUCCAGAAGCGUAGAGAUAUUCUAAAGCAAGAAAUAAAAGUAUUUUUUGUGAAAUACAAUGAUCCUAUCUAUGUGAAACUCGAAAAGUUAGAUAUAAUGAUACGUCUCAUUAACCAGUCUAAUAUUGGUCAAGUUCUUGCUGAAUUAAAGGAAUAUGCAAAAGAAGUUGAUGUAGACUUCGUACGGAAAGCUGUUCGUGCUAUCGGGAGAUGCGCUAUUAAAAUUGAAUCUGCUGCAGAGCGUUGUGUAGGCACAUUGAUUGAACUUAUUCAGACAAAGGUUAAUUAUGUUGUUCAAGAAGCAGUCGUGGUUAUCAAGGACAUAUUUAGAAAAUAUCCAAACAAGUAUGAAAGUAUUAUAUCUAUCCUGUGCGAGAACCUUGAUACACUAGAUGAACCUGAGGCACGUGGAUCAAUGAUAUGGAUUAUCGGUGAAUACGCUGAGAGAAUUGAUAAUGCUGAUGAGUUGCUUGAAUCUUUUCUGGACGGUUUUCAGGAUGAAAAUACCCAAGUACAAUUACAGUUACUAACUGCCAUAGUUAAAUUAUUCCUUAAAAGACCAUCUGAUACACAGGAGCUUGUCCAAACUGUCCUUGGUUUGGCUACUCAAGAAUCUGACAAUCCAGACCUUCGUGACAGAGGAUAUAUUUACUGGCGUUUGUUAUCUACAGAUCCAGCAGCUGCAAAAGAAGUUGUUCUAGCUGAAAAGCCGCUAAUUUCAGAAGAAACAGACAUGCUUGAACCAACUUUGUUGGAUGAACUUAUCUGUCACUUAGCUAGUUUAGCUAGUGUUUAUCACCGUCCACCAAGUUCUUUUGUUGAGGGUAGGCAUGUAGCUCGUCGUCAACUUCCUGCACGGGUAAAUGGAACCUCUUCUAUUUCUACAGCGAACUAUGGUGAAUCACAACCAGAUGUUCCUGCUCCUACAGUUAUUCCAACUCAGGAAACAUUAAUUGGUGACCUAUUAGAUAUCGAUCUGGGUGGUGGACCAUCUACAUUCGAUUCAACCACUAUUCACCAAUUCUCUCGUCCACAUCCGGUGACUACUAGCUAUGGAUCAACAACUCCUGAUCUUCUAGGUGAUGGCUUAGAUGAUCUCCUUCCAGGUAUAACUGGAACAUAUGGAAGUGAAGAACAGAAGAGCCAAACUGGAGGCACCUCUUCAUCCGCUGUCGAUGUGUUGGCUGAUAUUUUCGGAGGAACCAAAAUGACUGAUCUCUCCAGUGGUACUAAUUCUUAUUUUGUACCCCCUGCAACUGUGUGGUUAGAAGCUAUUCGUGGUAAAGGUCUGGAAAUCCGUGGAACAUUUGCUCGUAGAACAGAUGCUGGACAAGCCUUUAUGGAGCUAACCCUGACCAAUAAUACACUAACUCCAAUGUCCGGAUUCGCAAUACAGUUUAAUAAAAAUAGCUUUGGUUUAGUUCCAGCCCAAGCAUUAAAUGUUCCUACUCCUUUAAUGCCUCGUCAGUCUGUCAACGUGUCUCUUCCUUUAGCAACCACAGGUCCUGUGAUGAAAAUGGAUCCACUUAUGAAUCUUCAGAUUGCUGUGAAGAACAACAUUGAUGUGUUUUACUUCGCUGCUUUGGUUCCAAUGCAUAUACUAUUUGUAGAAGAUGGUGAAAUGGACAAACGAGUCUUCUUAGCCACAUGGAAAGAUAUACCUAGCCAAAAUGAACAACAAUUUACACUAAAUCCAAUAAAUCUUACUGCUGAUGCUUGUAGCAAUAAGCUGCGUCAAAAUAAUGUAUUCACUAUAGCUAAACGCAAUGUGGAUGGUCAGGAUAUGCUUUAUCAAUCUAUGAAGCUUACAAAUGGUAUUUGGGUGUUAGCUGAACUCAAAAUUCAACCUGAUAAUCCAUCUUUCAUUUUAUCUUUAAAAUCACGUACAAUGGAUGUAUACCCUGGUGUACAACUGGCAUUUGAUGGAAUAUUGAAAUAUUGAUUGGUCGAUUGAUGAUGAUUUAUCCAUCAUUGGUCAUCAAUUUAUGUGGAGAUAUUUUUUUUUUCAAAUAGUUUCAUGAAUGAAAUUAUCCUUCGAAUAAUAUUGAUAAUUGACUUGCAUACUAUACUAUAAUAAAUUAGGAGUAUUAUGCAUAGAAUUCAUGAUUCUUUUCCUUCUGUUCAAGUAUUUACUGUUGGCUACUUUUAUUUUAUUUAUUCCAUUUGAUGAAUAGUUGAUUUAUCUCUUGUUUUAUUUCAAAAUUCAAUGUGAUUUGUUUGUUUUUUAUUAUAUCACACUUAUUGAUGUUGUUCUUCAUUUUGCAUAAUUGUGACUGGAUUAGUUUAAGGGAGUUGACUUUCAACCCUAUAAGUCGAGGGUUUCAAAGACUGUUCUCACUUUCUGAGAUUUGAUUCAUUGCCUAAUACAUGAAUGUGUGCAAGGUUACUUUGAAGUGGAUUCUCAAUUUUCUGCAUUAAUAAUAUGUUUUCAAUAAGUCAGUCUUUUAUGUCUCAAAAAGGAAAGCUUAUUAUCAGUCG